AGAGUAAAAGAAAAUUAAAAUAAAAAUAAAAAUCGUUUCUUUUCUGGGCUUAAACGUCUGUCGGAAAAUUCAGUCUGCAUUUUCAUCGAUCGCCGGCGAAGCUCGUUCCUUCUGUUCCUGGGUUCUUUGGAUUCUCCCAAGUCUUCUUCAGCAAGUUCAAGUCAACUCGAACCAGAACAUGAGCAUGUAGAUUUUGGGUUUGACAGAAUCAUGGGCUCUGAGGCACACCCGCGUCGAGAGAGUAUUUUGGUUCAGGAGAGAGAUCCUGCUUUAGGCCUAUCUACUUCAAAUCAUGUUGCCGUGCAGCAGCCUGUUAAAAAACCAACCCGGCAAUGGGCUGCUUGGACACAUGAAGAAGAGCAAAGUUUCUUUGCAGCACUACGACAGGUUGGCAAGAAUUUUGAAAAAAUCACUCGUCGUGUUCAAAGUAAAAAUAAAGAUCAGGUCAGGCAUUAUUACUAUCGUCUCGUGAGGCGUAUGAACAAGCUGCUGGGUCCAGGAUUAUAUUUGGAUUCCAAAAAUUCUAAAGAUACUAAUGCUGCUAUGCUUAGAUGGUGGUCAUUGCUGGAAAAGUACAGCUGUAAAGCAUCAAAGCUUCACUUGAAGCCGCGACGAUUUAAGAUUUUUAUGGAAGCAUUGGAACACCAACUCCUGAAAGACCGGAAGAAGACUGUCAGGAAACGGCCUUCUCAGGGGGAAAACUGCCCUCCUGAGGCUCCCAGCACUGUCCCAAAUCAGAAUAGACCAUCUGAACAUGACCGUCCAGUUAAACUUAUUCUUGUUGACAGUCACAAUAUCCAGAAAUCAGGACCUGGAAAAGCAUCAUUAAAGCGCAGUGGAGUAGGUGUUAAUCGUGGCAACAAAGGAGAUGCAAGUACCGUGAAACCUGCAAGACAACGACGUAAACCAAUAGCAUAUAAAAAAUGGGAGAAGGCUGCAAUUGCUGGGGUGUCUUUGGUUGCAGAUGCUGCUGAGCACUUGGAGAGAACAAUCGAGAAAGAGGUUGGACAAGACCAAAGCAGUGCAGAGAGAAAUAGUGCUGUUCCAGUUGGAAAUUUUCUGCCUCCUAUGCCCGAUUUUUCACAAAACAUUUAUGCUGAGAACAACAUACACAACUCUAUGAAACUUAAACUCCAGUUGUUUCCUAUUGAUGAUAGUACUAGAAGAGCCUUGGAAAUGGAUAAACAUAAUCCUCACUUGGAACUUACACUUCCUACUCGGAAAAAGAUAUCCUCAGUUAUGGAACACCUAAAUCGCAAGUGGGGGAGUUCAAGUGUGGCUUCAGGAGAGCUAAUGCUUUUCCCUAAUAGUGUCCAGCAGGAUAGUCCGACAGGCUAUCUGAGAUGGACGCAAGACUCAAAUGUCAGUGCUGGAGAUGUGUAUUCGAUGAUUGGAAGCCCUCCAGUUUUCCGUUUAAGAUAUGGUUGGUUCUCCAGUACUGAGCUAGGAUCUGUUUUAUCGCAAGCACCUGUAGCACCUUUCAGGAUUCUAGGUGAGCAUGAUAAUGUGGAGAAGAUGAAGGACCCUGUAAUGGAAUCAACACCAACUUCUCCACCAUCAGCUAGUAAUCAAUGUGGAGACAUCCACAAUGACCUCUUAACCUCAGUGACAAAGAAUCAUUCUCUUGAUCAGACUUCAGAUGGUGAACCCAAUCAGAAGAAUAACCUUGUGGGAGACCCUACAAAAAGUACAUCAUGGCAUGAAAAGGUUGCAGGUGAUCAGGGUAUCUUAAGACAUCAAGGAGAAGUGGAUGGCCUGAGAUUACAUAAGGGCACUGCCCUAUCAGCCAAAGAGUGGGCUGAUAGCCUCACCAACAUUAGUGUUGGAGAUCUUCUUACUGGGGUGACUCAUGAUUUAGAUGCCAACUGCAUUGAUCAAACUCUCACUGGAAGGUCCCAGUGUCUUCCUCAGAUCCCAUUUAGCUGUGAUUCAUUUGAUGCUGCGAUUGCCGCUCAUAUUUCUAGACAGAAGAACAAGAUGGAAUGUGAGCCUCCUAUGGUAUCCCAUGUAUCUUCCAUCUGGGAUGCUGAAGAAACAUGUGAUGCCUUUGUGUUUCAAAAGAAUUCAGCUUUCCAUCAACAGUCUGGGAUUGCUCUUCCUGGGGACUGCAAACAGAUUGCUAGUACAAGCUCAGCAGGCUGUGAUCGUAUGGUGGAGGACUUACCUGUUGUAGAGACGCCAAUUAAUGAUCCUCAAGGAGAUCCUAUGGAUGAGUGUCAGUCUGAUCCACAUAUCCUAGGAAAUUCAGUGAAAGAUUUCAACGCUUUAGCAGAUAUAUACUGGCCUGAAUCAUUAGGUCCAUUAGAUCUGGAUCUACCAUCAUCUAAAUACCAUAAUGAAGAUUUAAUUCUGAAUGAUAGUCUCAGUGGGUUAAACCGCCUUAUUGCCAGCAGUCUGGAUGCAUUUCAAAAUUGCUCUUUCUUUGGUUCUAACAAGAAAGAACCAACGCCAUCAGUUGAGGCUCGAGAAACUAUUUCCUUCUCAGAUUUUAAAAUUGGCAAUGGAAUUUGAUGUCUGCAGAAGCUAAUAAUAGGGAUUAGAUUUUCUUCAUGUUGGGGCUUCAAUUGGAGUUCAGUGACUAUAACAUUUUCUCAGUUUAGCUCUGACUUGAGGAUCGCAUGCCGAAGGUGUCCAUGCUAGCCCAAACGAAAUUUUAGCUGGGUGUACAUCUCUCAGAUCAAAGGACUUAAAUUUGUACAAAAUAGACAUGAAAUCACUCGAGUUCUCUGCUCGCCUUUUUGUUUGUUUUUCUUUUGUAAAUUGUAUCUCAGUCCUCAGAGCUGAAGUAUGACCUCUGCGACAUGCCUAGAUGAAAUUGCUAAUGUUAUCUGUACAUUCUUUCCAUCCUCA